AAGGAUCUAAAUACAGGAAACAGCAGCCGCGUAUAUGUUCCUUCUCACCAGUUGUUAAUAGUGAAGAUACAAGGGCUUGACAGAGACCAAAUAGUAGCUGGAGCCCUGACGACCAGACAUCAGUCAUCAUGUCAGAGGCAACUGUGACUGUGACGGCGGUGACCGAAUAUGAUUAUUCAGACUACUAUGAACCUGGAAUUGAAGUGGAUUCUCCCUGCGACAGUGGUGGCAUGAUGGACUUCUGCAGAGUGUUCAUCGUUAUUCUCUACUCUUUGGUGAUCAAAUUUGGCUUCAUUGGUAACGUCCUGGUGGUGUGUGUCCUGAUUAAGCAUCGGAAUCAGACAACAAUGACAGAUGUCUGUCUGUUCAACUUAGCUUUGUCCGAUCUUCUCUUCGUCGUCACGCUUCCAUUCUACACACAUUACACUCUGGUCAAGCAGUGGACCCACGGUGACUUUUUGUGCCAUUUAAUUGGUGGUUCCGUCAGCACCGCCUUCUUCUGCAGCAUAUUCUUCAUGGUUGUCAUGACAUUGGACCGCUACAUGGUGAUCAUGCAUGAUGCCAAGGUGGUCAAAUACCGAACUGCGAGAACAGGGUACAUUCUCACUGUGGCCGUGUGGUUGCUGAGCUUCUGCAUCUCCCUUCCUUCUUUCAUCAUCACAUCAGAGACAAUGCAGCCUCAUGGGCUAGGUUGCACUUAUGAACCAAAGAAUGCUGCCUGGGAGGUGUACACUGUUGCGACAAACAACAUUUUGGGACUGGUGCUUCCUCUGCUGGUGAUGGUGCUGUGCUACUCCAGGAUCAUACCUGUCCUGAUGAGGAUAAAGAGCGCAAAAAAGCAACGUGUUGUCAAGCUGAUAAUUUCAAUCAUGGUUGUCUUCUUCCUCUUAUGGACACCGUAUAACAUUUUACUUUUUCUCAAACUUUUGCACUCUGAAUGGAAUUUCCUAAAUGACUGUGACUCUUUGACACAUUUAAAACUGUCACUAUCAGUCACUGAGACAAUUGCGUUCACUCACUGCUGCGUGAAUCCCAUCAUAUAUGCCUUUGUUGGACAGAAGUUUAUGAGGCGUGUCUUGCAGCUGAUUAAAUGUGUGCCUGGAAUUUUGAUCUCCCGCAGGCGUUCAUCAGGAUACUCUUCACGGAAGAGUUCUGUCAUGUCCAAGUCUUCUGAGAGCAUGUUUAUCAUGUAACUUUAAUUAUAUCCAUCAGUCUGUCUGUCUGCCCGCCCUCAUCUCUCCAUCGAUCUAUCUAUCUAUUCAUCUGUACAUCCAUCUGUCCUUUCUUCCUUCCCUCCUUCCAAUUCAUCCUUUCUGCCAGCCCAGUGUCAAAAUGUUUGGUCUCAGUCACAGGUUGAGGGUCCUCAAACUAUGACCCAAAAUAUACAGCCCAAAACUAUUCUGUGGAAGACGCUGAAUUUGAAGUCUGGAUAGACAGCCUUCAAAGCUGAGACUGGAGUGGAUCAAAAGUCAUCAUUAACAAGUGCCGAACUUACGUUUUGUUGAGGUUUUAACUGCAGGGAUUCGUUUAAAAGGUUGUGAAUUUUUUUUUUUUCAGAAUUGGUGACAUUUUUAUUCAGGUCAAGUGAUUUUUUAAAAGUAAUUGAUAAAAGUAAUGAAUUUAGUUUGAUUAUAAUUUUAAUACUUCCUUCCCUUCACAGCAGCACUUAGAAACAGUAAUCCAUUAUGAUAAUACACUUUAUUUUGGAAUUAUCCAGUCUUCCUUCAAGUGCUUCAGGUCAAUCAAAAUUGCUGCUGCUCACCCCUUGACUGGCAAGAAUAAGUAGGAGCACAGAACAACUACUCGGGCGCCCCUUCACUGGCUCCCUCAACAUUUUAGAGUUCUUGUUAGGAUUCUAUUAUUUGUUUUCAAAUCUUUCAGUGGUCUCAACCCACCAUACCUCUCUGAGCUCCUCUACUUCAACGCACCUGUCCGUUGCCUCAGGUCUGUAGACCACAUGCUACUAGAGGUACCAAGGACGGAGCGAAGGCUCAGAGAAGAUCAAGCCUUUGCUGUUGCUGGCCCUUCCCUCUGGAAUGACCUUCUAUUAAAUGUCAGGCGAGCCCCCCUGUCCAUUUUUAAAUCUCAUUUGAAGACGCAUCUUUAUUCUUUGGCUUUCAACCCAAUAUGAAACUGGCACCGUUGUAUUGUUUGCUGGUGUCUACUGUAUAUAUAAAUUAGUGUCAUUGAUUUGUCUUUUCAUUUAUUGUUUUCACUUUUUCCUGUUGUAUUAUUGUUAUUGUAUGGUAUAUGUCAGGUGCUUUGUUCCAACUGCAGCUGUCGUGAAAUGCGUUGUACAAAUAAAGUUGUAUUGCAUGGUAUGAUAAUUGUCAGGUUUUUUUCAGUGACCAUAAUGAUUGGGUUUUUUGUUUUGUUUUGUAGAAAAACCUUACCAACAAUUGAGCCUAUGCAUGUUUUGAUUUAUUUGUCAAAUGUGUUUUCAAUAGCAUAAACUUCAAUAUGUAUACAUUAAUCAUGAAUAGUUCGUUAUCUGAACAUUUGUUGCACUAUUGUAAUUUUCCAAAGAACUGGGUUCUGAUUAAAUGUUUUGCCUCCA